AUGAACUGGUGCUCGCCGGUGCUGCCGCGGCUGCAGCGCGCCGACUCGGAGCUGCCGGUGUCGGCGUCGGCCGGCUCGUGGGUGGCGUCGGGGCCGCUGCUGACGGCGGCCGCGGCGGUGCUGGCCGUGCCGCUCUUCUUCGACCGCGUUGGCCGGCGCAGCGCGCUGCUCGCGACCGCAGCGCCCCUGGCGGCCGGCUUCGCGUGGCUGGCGGCGGCGCGCGCGGCCUGGGAGCUGCUAGCGGCGCGGUCCCUGCUCAGCGUGGCGGCCGCCGCCGUCGUGUCGGUGUUGCCCGCCUACCUGGCGGAGGUGUCGGCCGACGCGCGCCGCGGCGCCGCGCUCGCCUGCUGCCAGCUGCUCAACACGCUGGGCGGCCUCGUCACUCUCUGUCUCGGCGCCUGGCUGCCCUACCGCGCCUACUGCUGGGCCCUGCUCGCGAUGCCCGCCCUCUUCUUCGCCACCUUCGUCUGGAUGCCCGAGUCGCCCUACUACCUACUCAUGCAGGGCAGGAAGGAGGCGGCAGCGACGAGCCUACGUCGCCUGCGAGGGCGGUCCGACGUAUCGGCGGAACUGGUGCAGGCGGAGACGACGCUGGCGCAGCAGUGCGCGGCGCUGCCGCGUGGCGGCGCUGGCGUGCUGGCGUCGCUGCGCCACCUGGCGACGCACCGCGCGGACUGGCGCACGCUGCUGCUGGCCGUGGGCUUCAGCGUGCUCAGCUCGGCCACCGGCAUGGCCGCCGUGCUCAGCUACAGCGGCGACAUCAUGGCGCGCGCCGGGGAUUCCCUGCUGUCUGCUGACGCGGCCGCCGCCGUGCUGGGCGCCGUGCAGGUGGGGGCCAGCUGCGCCUCGGCCGCCGCGGUCGACAAGCUGGGCCGGCGGCCGCUGUCGCUGAUCUCGUUCGCCGGCUGCGUGCUCUCGCUCUUCGCCGAGGGCGGCUACUUCUACUUCAUGGACGCCGCCCGGGCCGACGUCUCCGCCCUCCACUGGCUGCCCCUCGCCGCGCUCGUCGUAUAUGUGGUGGCGUACACGAUGGGGAUCGGCACGCUGGUGUGGACAGUGUCCGCAGAGAUGUUCUCGGCCCCCGUCAAGGGCGUGUCCAUGUCUGUGGUGACGCUGACCUACUCGCUGAGCAUGUUCGCCGUCACCAAGCUCUUCCAGGACGUGGCGGACGCGGCCGGCGUGUACACCCUCUUCUGGGGCUUCGCAGCCUGCGCGGUGGUCGGCUUCUGGUACGUCUACCUGCUGAUACCCGAGACCAAGGGCAAGUCGCUCCUGGGCAUCAGCACGGAGCUCAGCGCCAAGCUGUCCGCGUAG